AUGUUGGUAGGGUGUGAUCUAUUGGGAUAUAUUGAUGGGUCUAUCCCUUGUCCUUCACGAUACAAAGUUGCACAAGAGGCUGGAAUUACCCCUGAGCUUACACAAGAGUAUAAGGACUGGAGGAAGCAUGACUCUGCUGUAAUGGCUCUACUAGCUGGUACUUUGUCAUCUUCAGCUCUUUCAUUCAUUGUUGGGAGUAAAACCUCAAAAGAAGUUUGGUAUUCCCUUGAAGAUAGAUAUGCUAAACUUUCAAAGUUCAAAGCUUUUGAGCUAAAGACAUCCAUGCAGAAAAUCCGGAAAGGUAAUGAUAGUAUUGACAAGUAUAUGGAACGCUUUAAAACUGUUCGGGACCAACUCUUUGUAGCUGGAAUUCUUAUUCCCGAUGAUGAAAUAGUGAGUUUGAUCUUGAAUGGGCUACAUGCUGAAUAUGCAACUAUCAGAUUGAUCAUUCGUACUAAGGAAUCAUCUACAUCUCUAACAGAACUUCGUACACUACUCUUAGAUGUUGAAGCUGAUCUUGAUCGAGAACGAUUGUACAACUUGGUUCUCACAAGAUAUUUUCAUCCAAGGAAUCAAGGUAAAGGUGGUGGCAGGUACCAUCAUAACUUUUCUCAUGGACCAUAUCGAAAUUAUAAUUGCUAUGCAUAUAGGAAGUUAGAUGUUGGUUCUGUGCAAUCUAGAGGAUUUAUUAAUCAUUGUGGAAACUCAAAGUGCUACAACACUGGUGGUAUUUCCAACAAUCUUGGCUCUGCGAAGUCCAAAGACUUGAGGAAUUCAAAUGGUUGUCAUGAUUAUGAUUUUUCUGGUGGAGUUCGUCAUCAGAGUGUUUCUUUCCCUGGUGAUAAUUGUCAAAUAUGCUCACAAUUUGGUCAUAUUGCUAAAACUUGUCCCCAAAGAUCUGCUCCUAGGCAAGUUGUUGCUGUUGGUUUUUCUUUACAAUGUCAGAUUUGCUUCAAGAGGGGUCACAGUGCUGCAGAAUGUUUUCACAGGCAUCACUAUGAUUUUCAAUUACCAUGUUCUUCAGAACUUCAAGCUAAGGCUGUUUCCUUCUCCUCUCAACCAAGUAUAUGA